AUGGCUCCUGUGCCAACGGUGGAGUCUGUUUUGCGUCCUCUGCCUCCCAGAGCUCUUGGAUGGAUUUGCUUAGGGUACCAUGCUUCGGAUUCCUUGGGCCGAAUUCCGUUGAUUUCGCGUCUCUUGCAAGCUGCGGGGGAAGACCCGCAGUUGUGCUCGGAGACAGUGGUACGACAGGUUUUGCAACAGACCUUGUCACAGGCGCCACAAUGGAUUACUUUGCGGCCUUCCCCCUUUGCUGCCGUGGAGCCUGUUCAUUGGCCUGGCCGGCCUCUUGGCAUCUUGGCCAUGAACCGUGCAGAAUAUGCACCUUGCACUGUGAGCCAUUGUGACUGCGGGGCCCAACUCGUCCGUUGGAGAGUCUGCGAUGCCACUUUCUUCACGCUUGCCCGCGGCGCAGUCCCAGGCAAGGUCUUGUUUCUGCGCUGUGAUCUUUGUCGCACUGUCUUCGGUGGUUGCUGGCGGACGCCGCAGAUUGCAUUUGAAGUCUUGUUGCUGGAUUUGGUCCUUGGCCUCGCUGCACGGGCUGGCAUGAGCAUGACAGCUUUCCAUGCAGUUUAUUAUGGCAUAUGGCAUCACUCCAUGGCACACUUUCAGCACACAGACAGGGAGCACUUCAUCAAGAAACUCUUGCUGGCUGUUGUCAUUUGGUCUUCUUUGCAACUGUUGCAUGAUGCCCGGGCAGACGUCGCGAACAUCGCUUGGCCCUUGCGCCCGCACCAUGUGGCCAAUGAUCUCUGUGAUGUUGUGCCGCAUGUCCGGGAAGCUUUCAAGACCCUAGCAAAGGCUCAUGCAUGCUGGCUUUUCAGGCAAGUCCCUGCCAUUGUGGUGGAUGGCAAAUGGAGCGUGCAGACAUUGAUCUGUAACACGCGCAACUGCUCACCCGUCUUCGAUGCAGAACUCUGUCUUGGAUUUAUGCGGGGCUGUGGGCAUAGACCCUCGCGCGGCAGCAAGCACUGCUCGCACCAUACAUUGGGCCGCCCAGAGCGAACACUGUCGCCAGCGGCGGCCAUCUUGGAUCACCGCCAGGUCACUGAUGCAGCGGGUGUCCGCAUUGAGUACAAGGUUGCUGAUGCUUGGUUGCCUUCUGCUGCUGUCCCACCACAUGGAGUCCAAGAAUACGAGCUGCAAUUGUUACGGCGAAAGCCGUCGCAGAAGCAGGAAGGCUCGUGCAACCGAGACGAGCGGAAGGACGCCUGCGAGACAGGGUGCGGCCGGCGUACAGCCGGCAUUCUUGUCGCUGUCACGCCGAUCGUCUCCAUUGGCCCGAUGUACGCCACCGAGUCAUGCACCCAAGUGGUGCUUUGCGUCUGGGCAAUAUGUGCCAUCUUCUCUGCAUUGCAGUAUGUCAUCUACGACAAUGCUUGCGCCGUCGUGCGCAUGCUGAGGAAACGUGGUGGUGCAUGCUGGAACAUUUUGAAGCAGCUGAAAUGGGUCAUCGACAGACUUCAUUUCAAAUCCCACACUGCCUGCAAAGAUGCUAGCAGUAGUUGGUAUGUGCCCGAUGUGAACCCGAAUCAGUACCACCAGCUGCAAGGUGUGGACACUGAAGCUGCUGAGCAAAUAUUCAGCUUGGCCAGUCGAUGGCAGGUUGGAUGGGCUGACACCGGCAUGGCGCACCACCAACUGAUGGAACGCCAGAACAGUGCUGCGGGUCCGCAUCAGCGCAUCCUACGCGCCCGCAGCCAAAGCCACACCUGCAGCGUGCGCUUGCUGCCGCCAUGCGCAGCUUCGAUGCCAUGCGCACCUUGGUCUCAACACGUGGUGCUGGGCUUGUUGGUGGUGUAUUCGGACGCCCCGCGGCCGUGCGAGGGCUUUCUAUCUUUGGACCUGACUUUACUGACCCGUCCGCAACUUGGACCAGAUAUAUGUCCUGCGCGCUGGGGCGUGCAGUACGUAGUCGUACAGGAUCUGCUGAGCGCCAGGGCCAAGGUGGAACAGCAGGACUCCGAGGGCCACGCUUCGCUCUUCGGCGCCAUUCAAUGUGGGAGCCAGGACGUGGUGACGAUGCUGAUCCAACACAAAUGUCUCAUUGAGGCACACACCAAGAAGGGCGAGACGCCACUGAUUUGGGCGGCCAUGCAGCAGCAACUGGACUGCCUCAAGGUCCUCAUCACGGCCCGCGCCAACCUGAACGUUCAGGAUGAGAUUGGGCAAAAGGCCCUGGACCACGCAGAGGGGACCUUGAGCAGCAAGGCCGGCAGCGCAUUUCCUGGUGGGGAGAUCUAG